UUUUUUAAAAAACUGUUUGUGAGUUACAGAGGAACUCCUGAAUUUCUGAUCAUAUUUCUAAAGGCAGUUUAAUACAGGGCAUGUUUUUUUUAAUGUGGACCACAGUAUCCAGAGCCACUGCGUAAUUAUAUUUGCACGUUUGAAUCGUGCCAGAUCCCCGUCAGCAGGGCUGCACUUUAUAAGCUAUUAUGACAGACAUGGCAGCUGCUAAGUGGUUGAGUAUGAAAAUAACACAGACAAUAUAAAUUCAAACUCGGUGUCAAUCUGUGUUGAGACAAAAUCUAAGCAUGUAUUAGGAAUUACUGCGAGAUUUAAUUAAUAAGAGUCAUAAAACAAAGAUUAAGAAUCGUGGUUUCCACCCCAUUGAUUGCCUUCGGCGAUGUGGAAGUUCGAAUUGGUGAAAUACUUUUUUGCGCUUUAACUCACACUCCUUGCCUGGAAAUGGAAGCGGAGGGCAUUUCAUUUCUAAAUAUCGUCUCAACUUCGUGGCAGAAGCACGCGACACAUCUCUUAACUCUGAUUUGCUAUAUCGGUCCCAGAAAUGCCUCGCGAGUAACGGCUUUAUGGUUAGCAUAGAAUUACAGGUGGCUGGCGAUGAUUGGUCGUUGAUGCAAAGUCGUUGGUCACUUGGACCAUCAUUAGUGCAAUGACCGCUGCACACUCAACUCUCGUCCGGCCAUUGUUCUCGCGUUUUAUUUAGAGAGGCUACUUUUAACAUACUCACAAACAUGGUUGGGUAAAACAACGCUUUUCCAAGUAUCAGUCGGGCUACUUGGGUUCAUCUCAGUAAAAAAAAUAAAAUGUUUAACUCUGCCAGUUAGGCUAUAACUUCACACCAAAUUAUUAUAUGGCAACUUACAAGGCAAAAAGGGGAAGCACCAAAUAGGCGUGAAGAACGAUUAUAAUGUAGCAUCUGACAGUGUUGUAAAUAACAUUGCGCAAUAAAUUCCGAAGUGGUUGCGUUUGAGCAGUCUGUUUACGGAUUUGCGGUCGCGAGCAAGCACUCUGAAUGUUAUCAGCAAGUCCGCCUUGUUUCAGGCAGAACAUCGGGAGCAAAGCACAGACCAUGCGGGACCAGUUCAACGGCGUCUCUGACAGUCAGCCGACCGUGGGGUCAUCGGAGACAACGAAGGAGACGCGCUACUGCGCGGUCUGCAGCGAUUACGCCUCGGGAUACCACUACGGCGUGUGGUCCUGCGAGGGCUGCAAGGCGUUCUUCAAGCGGAGCAUUCAAGGUCACAGUGACUACGUGUGCCCCGCGACAAACCAGUGCACCAUCGACAGGAACCGCAGGAAGAGCUGCCAGGCCUGCCGACUGCGGAAGUGCUACAAGGUCGGCAUGAUGAAGGGGGGACUGCGUAAGGACCGCGGGGGGCGCCAGCUGCUACGGGAGAAACGCAAAGAGGCGGCGCAGCAGGAGAAGGGCUACGCCGACCUGGUCAGCCCGCCCCUGCAGGCCCCGGUCCCGCUGGCCGGCGGCGGGCGUGGCCUGGCCGUGCCGGUGGACCAGGUGCUGCCCCUCCUGCUCAGCGCCGAGCCGCCCAGCAUCUGCUCCAAGCAGAAGCACAGCCGCCCCUACACCGAGGUCACCAUGAUGACCCUGCUCACCAACCUGGCCGACAAGGAGCUGGUGCACAUGAUCGCCUGGGCCAAGAAAGUACCCGGGUUCCAGGAGCUGACGCUCCACGACCAGGUGCAGCUGCUGGAGAGCUCCUGGCUGGAGGUGCUGAUAAUCGGGCUGGUGUGGCGCUCGAUCCACAGCCCCGGGAAGCUCCUGUUCGCCCAGGACCUGAUCCUGGACAGGAACGAGGGCAGCUGCGUGGAGGGCAUGGCCGAGAUUUUCGACAUGAUCCUCGCCACCGUCGCUCGCUUCCGCGCCCUCAAGCUGCAGUCGGAGGAGUUCGUCUGCCUCAAGGCCAUCAUACUGCUCAACUCCGGUGCCUUCCCCUUCUGCACCAGCUCCGUGGAGCCCCUGAAUGACAGCUUUACGGUGCAGUGCAUGCUGGAUAAAAUCACGGACACCCUCAUAUAUUACAUCAGCAAGUCGGGGCUGGCGGUCCAGCAGCAGUCUAGGAGGCAGGCGCAGCUGCUCCUGCUGCUCUCGCACAUACGACACAUGAGCAACAAAGGCAUGGAGCACUUGUACAGCAUGAAGUGUAAGAACAUGGUCCCGCUGUACGACCUGCUGCUGGAGCUCCUGGACGCCCACAGACUGCACUCCCCCACCUGGGUGGGGCGGGCCAAGUCCCCGGGGGAGAACGGCCCCGCCCCUGUGACAUGCCACAUCCAGAACAGCCUCAACGUGGGGUCCUAACACGUCCCCACAAACCACCCCCCCCCCCCUCCCAAAUUCAGCCAAUGACCGCUUCAGGUGAAUUGAGGUUGUGGCUCUCUCUGGAUCUCUCGUCUUGAGUCGGGAACAAAAAAAGUUCCAAAAUAAAGGUCCCGUAAGGAACGGCUUUUUCACCUUUGGGCUGCUGCAAAACAAACCUCGCAAGGGCCGAUUUAAUUUCACGAGGCGCACCGCGAAGCGCAUUUCAUUUUCGGAGAUGUGAUCGCGUGUUUUUAAAAAAAAAUAAAUAAAUAAAAAAAGCUAAUUAGGGAGCGCAGCUGCGCCGGCGGGCCGCCAUCGUAUAUGCAGUGGGACUCCGGGGGCAGGGGGACGGUCUGUAACUGUGUCUGCACUGUGACAUCCUCCCACGCCGCUGAGUCACAGCUCCGCAUCGCAGCCAACCAAUGAAAAGGAGGCAAUUAGCGUCCUGUAGAUUUCUGCUGUAUAUUCCAGAAAAAAAAUCUCUGGGUUUCAAUCUAGACAGGAAAGUUUACCAUCAAUACAAAAAACAUGCAGCAUAAAUAUAUAAAUAUAUAUAUGUGUGUGUGUGUUUAUAUAUACAUAUGCAUAAAAAACACGAGUAGAAAUAUAUACUACUGUGUUUAGACAUAUAUUAACAAAUAUAUAUUAUAUAUAUAUAUAUGAUAAAAUAUUUUAAAUGUACUUUGCAGUAUAAAAAAAAGUUAAUUUUAUUUUGUAUACUUGAAUAUUUCAAAUUUAGAAAGAUAUCACAUUACACCCCUUGAAUUAGAGAAUUCUUGUUGCUGCUGUGUACUGACAUAUUUAUCUGCCAUCUUAAAAGUGUAAAAUAUAUUUAAAAAACAGUUUUAAAAAAGAUUACAUUUGGAAGUGCCUGCGAUGGUCGACUGCCAUAACAGAGGCUGAGUAGACUGUUUAGUUUUAGGUUCACCGGAGGACAAAUAAUUGAACAGGAGAAACUGUGUACUUGAAUAAAUAACCAGAACCAGAAAAUUGUAAAAUUAGGUUUUUUUUUGUUGCUUUCUGGAUUUUAUGGCUCGUGCAGCAAAAACUGAAAUCAAGUCCAACAUAUUUGAGGAAACAAGUUUGGACAAAAUGUGAAAUUUUUAUUCGUUUUUUUUUCUCUGGAAAUUAUGAUUUGAAGUCCGAAAAGCUAUUUAUAUUUACUUAUUUAAGGCCUUUUCACAGCGUGACCCUUGACCUUUUCUGUUUUAAAGUGUAUCCAGGUAUGACGGAAGGAACACACAAAUCAGCUUCUCUUUCUUCAGCUUCAGUAUAGUGCUUAAAAAACCCCUAUUUUUAACAAAACAUAAAAUUAAUGCAUAUUUAGGUUUACAUGUUUUCUAAAAUGUGAAAGCUUUCUUGACUUCGUGUAUGAUCACAGUGUUUUCAGUGGGGGGUGGGGGGGAGAUAUUCUAUUCAUAACAAAACGGCUUUCAAAAAAUUUUGUGCGAAAAUAUAUUUACCCAUCCGCGGGACAAUGCAUGAAAGUAAUUAAGACUGUAGAUCUUUCUUUGUACAUUCUGAAGAGUUUUUUUCCCUACUAAUGAAUUGGCUUAUUCCAGCCUGGUCUUGUGGAUCUCUUUAUGCGAGGUUGAAGUUCUCCUGCACUUUUAACUAAGUGGUUCAGUCAAUCCAGAACGCUCUAGAAAUUAAUACUAAAAUUAUUAACACAAAUUAGAACGAUGUAUCAGGAAAGCAACUCACAUUGGCUACUUGUGGUCUUCGCAGAAUAUGUAUGUUCAAGGAUGGAUUUUUAUCCAGUGUCUUUACAUGCAAGUUAAACGCAUUUUUUCCCGGAUUGGCCAAUGUUGCACGGUGUACUAUUUCAAGGAAAGCUGUACGGUUUCCUUUGUUCUGUGACUAAAAUUACUCAUUUCCUCCCUGAAGUGCAUCAUCAGUACAAACCGAGUCUGCAAAGUGAAGUGACCUUUCAAAAAAAAAAAAAAAGUGGAAUUUUAAAAAUAAUUCUGUGUUCUUUUUUUUAAGCCGAGUGAUUGGAUGACAGUGUGGUUGUGAAGGUUACGGUACUCAGCCUAUCAAACACAAUAUAACGGGCUUUACCAGAGAUGCUGGCGCUAAAAAAAUUUCAAAUGGCAUACAUUGCCUUUGUUUGAAUGAGUUAAAAACUCAAACUUGGCUUUGACACCCAAAACCGGUAAGGCAAGAAGUCUCCUUCUGUUUGUUAGUACUUUGCGUCUGAAAAACCAGCAUCUUCUUGAAUUUUUGAAUUGCUUUCCUCCAUUAUGCAUUAAUUUUGAUAUUUCAGUGAAGGCAAACUGUCAAAUGACAGCAUCCACAGGCCGAACUGCCCCUUCCUGUCCUCCCCUUUUGGGUCACAUGACACAGGCUUUGGCACAAUGAGGUACGAAAUGGUUUUAGCAGAAUAGUAACCCAUGUCACAAUAUGAAAUGUGAGAACUCAUUUUUUUGUGGAUUUCUGUACACUGAUGCAAGAGAAAAGGUUUAAAAGCUAAAGCUUAUAUGUGAAUAUACCUGUGCUUAUCUGGAAAUGUAUGGUAUCGCGUGUACAUGGGCUGGCUUGUGGCUUUAUAUUAUAUAUGAAUAUUGAGGACCUUAUUAUUUUUUUAAGUGCCUUACAAUUGAAGUGACCAGAGGCUUAAUGAGGGAACCUCUUUGUAUUGCAAUUCACCAGCAAGCUCACAGUUAAGUGGUUCUCCAUCGAUGAGCCUCACAGAUAAAAAAAACUAAACAAAAAAACAAAAACGUGUAUGCCUGUUUUCUUGAUUAACAUGAAUGCUUCUUUAAAGUUGUUUAAGGAAACAUUUUUUGCUUCGCACCUGUGAAAAUAAAACUCUCCUUGAGACAGGCAAACGCUUACAUAAUGUGAGUUUUUUUUAAAACAUUAUGCCCUGCUAUGAAUAAAUGCGAUUAAAAUGAAAAUGUGUUAUUCUGGACUCCUGAUGGGAACCUGUCCACAUUUAUAAAUAUGUUAUUGUAAUGAAAUGUGUGUAAUUAUAUAUAUACAUAUUAAUUCAUUGUAAUUUUACAACUUAUGCCAUAUACCAUGACAAUAGCAUCAAUGUUUGUAUCCAUGACACAAACUGCAGUUAAUAUGUAUUGUAGGUUUUUAUUGUAGGCUACUUCCUGAUAAUUGCCUCAAGGAUUGUCGAAGUAUAGCCAGAAAGUAUCCACCAAUCACCGUUAAGAGUCGUGUGAUAUUGAUUUAAAAAUACAUGUGUAUGUGUAUUGUAUACCAUGAGCAACAUGCACUCUGUAUACUAUAGGCUACAUGUGAAUGUGCUGCAUAUUUGUAUGGACGAAGUUUUAUUAAAGAAUUUCAUGGUUGAAUAUGAUCAUAAA